ACACUCUCUCUCUGUGACACACACACACACACACACACUCUCUCUCUCUCUCUCUCUCUCUCUCUCUCUCUCUGUCAGACACACAGCAGCGCUGGAGAUGGAGCACACCGAGCUCGUGAAGCCCGAGUCUCUGGAGGAUCUGAUCCAGACUCUACACAAGAUCUUUGAAAGCGACAGAGUCAAUGUGGAGGAGGUGCAGAGCAUCAUGGAGUCCUAUGAAAGUAAACCUCACGAGUGGAUGAAAUAUGCCAAAUUUGACCAGUACAGAUACACCAGGAAUCUCGUUAAUGAGGGAAAUGGAAAGUUCAACCUGAUGAUCUUGUGCUGGGGUGAAGGACACGGCAGCAGUAUCCACGAUCACACGGACUCGCACUGCUUCAUGAAGCUGCUCCAGGGUCAGCUGAAGGAGACGCUGUUCGACUGGCCCGACCGCAGGCUGCAGGGCGGCAUGAUGCAGAAGUCCCAGCGGGUUCUGCUGGAGAACCAGUGCGCUUACAUCAACGACUCCAUCGGGCUUCAUCGAGUGGAGAACGUGAGUCACACGGAGACCGCCGUCUCUCUGCACCUCUACAGUCCUCCCUUCCAGACGUGCCAGACCUUUGACCAGCGCACCGGUCACCACAACACCGUCAGGAUGACCUUCUGGAGCAAGUUCGGCGAGAGGACGCCGUAUGAAUCCACCGUUUCACAGGAGAACAACUGAGAAGCACAAGAAGAUUUCCACAUUCAAUCGAUGUUUAAAACUUGAUCCAACUCUUUUAAAGAUUGACAGCGGACAGCGGGAAGAGUUAAUUCAAGCUGCUUAAUCGUGGCCUAGUUUAGCGCUGGCAGACGAGGCUGAAUUAUUUGAGCCGUGUGUCAGUCUGCUCUUUGUUGCUGAGAGGAGCCCGUUCUCCCAGCAUUCCUGUGUGUCUGUGACCUGUGUAAUCACGCUUUUGUACUGUUACGGGAUGAGAGCUGUGGCCUGAAGUGUGUAAUUUAUGAGAAGAAUCUGUUUGUUCACUCGAAUGAAAGCGCUGUCCCCGUCAACAACAUCCCGCUUCAGCAGAACUCCAUCAAUGUGUUUGUAAAUCUCCACACACUCGCGCUUUAUUCCAUUUCCAGAUGAGCGUUUCAAUGGAAGACUUUAUUUUUAUGAAUCCUGCCGUCAGUAAUCAGUGUCUCGUGAAUUAAAUAUGGUCUUUGUAUUUGUAAACUGGAGCUUUUAUUUAAAAUGAAUCUUUCCUUGAAAUUCAUUUUUGUCUUAAUGUUAAAGUAAAUAAAACCUUUCCCAAAUGUU